CUUUGAUCGCCUACGUCAUUUUUAUCCUGCUGGUUUGUACGACGAACUCAAUUCGAGUUUUCAGUUUUGGUUUUGUUGACAGUUUAUUUGUUGGCUACCCAUUUCAUUCACAUUCACAUUCUGUAUCUCUUCACCCUACCGGCUCUCAAAAAGCACAAAAAUGUCCGUCCAUCCAGGCAACCAGGUCGUCUAUGCCCACCAGCAACCGGCUGGGCCCCCCGGGCACUAUGAACAACAAGGAGAGCGCGAGCCUCUGGUCUAUCCUAUGUAACUGUGUUCGCCACCUUACUCAGAAGAGUUAGCACAAACAAAGAUGACACAAACGCCGAGUUUAAGCGAGUGCAAGAGCUGUGAAAGAAACGCGUUGUCAGAGAUGUGAAACGAGAUCACUGCGUACGUGCGUCGCGUUGUAAGAACUUGAACAGUCACGCACUUCAAAGCCAUGAAAUAGG